UCCUCAGCAGAGCCAGGAAUCUGGCCGGCCCCCUGGCCAGCGGCGCUUUAGGCUUCAGCCUCUGGUGCCCUUCCCAAAUCCUAAUCGUCACCGCCCACAGAAGCCAAUGAGCUCGGCCGGGCUCACGCAGAUAUACACACGAGAUUGUUUCCCCCCUUCUCUUUUCAGUCGGUUUAUAAAGCCACGGCGUCUCGAUUCCGAGCGAUUUGGAGUCUUGUCCUCUCCACGACUAGUCUAACUCUCCUCCUCCCGGGCGCACUUGGUGCAAGCGGUUCUGCUCCCCGCAGGGGCCUCCCCUCUGCUCCGGGACAGUAGGGAACCUCCGAGUUCCCGAAGCCUUGCCUCUCUGCCUGCCCUAGCCCUCGCAGAUCCCCUCUCUGUGCCUCAGUUCAGCGGCUUCCCGUGCCCCAUCUCCUCGCUCUCCGCAGCGCUUCGCAUCUUCCUUCUUUGGGCUGGCCAUGCCUACCCGCGGUUUACGGGCUGCGCUGCUGCCCUUGCUCCUGCUGCUGCUGCUGCCCCCAGUGCCCGGCGCCGCCCAGCUCUCCAGGAGCCGCUACGAGGCUGGCCCCAUGGUCUGCCCUGAGCGCUGCGACCGCGCGCGCUGCGCCCCGCCGCCGGACGACUGCGAAGGCGGCAGCGUUCCGGAUGCCUGCGGCUGCUGCCAGGUGUGCGGAGCCAAAGAGGGCGAGGCAUGCGGCGGGGGCGCAGGAGGAGAGGGCCCGUGCGGCGAAGGGCUCCAGUGCGUGGUGCCCUUCGGGGUGGCAGCUUCGGCCACAGUAAGGAGACGCGCCCAAGCCGGGCUGUGCGUCUGUGCCAGCAGCGAGCCGGUGUGCGGCAGCGACGCCAAGACCUAUGGGAACCUGUGCCAGCUGAAGGCAGCGAGCCGGCGUUCCGAGAAACUCGGGCAGCCUCCAGUUAUCGUCAUCCAACGGGGCGCCUGUGGCCAAGGGCAGGAAGAUCCCAACAGCUUGCGCCAUAAAUACAACUUUAUCGCAGAUGUUGUGGAGAAGAUUGCUCCAGCCGUAGUUCACAUCGAAUUAUUUCGCAAGUUACCUUUUUCCAAGAGGGAAAUUCCAGUGGCCAGUGGGUCUGGAUUCAUUGUGUCUGAAGAUGGCCUGAUUGUUACCAAUGCUCAUGUAGUGACCAAUAAGCAUCGGGUUAAAGUGGAGUUGAAGAAUGGGGCUACAUAUGAAGCCAAAAUCAAAGAUGUUGAUGAAAAGGCAGACAUUGCGUUAAUUAAAAUUGACUACCAGGGAAAGUUGCCAGUCCUUCUUCUUGGUAGAUCUUCAGAACUGAGGCCUGGAGAAUUUGUGGUUGCGAUUGGAAGUCCAUUUUCACUUCAAAAUACAGUAACUACUGGGAUUGUUAGUACCACCCAACGAGGAGGAAAAGAACUCGGACUGCGAAAUUCAGACAUGGACUACAUACAGACAGACGCGAUCAUCAAUUAUGGAAACUCGGGAGGCCCCUUAGUAAAUCUGGAUGGUGAAGUGAUUGGAAUUAAUACUUUGAAAGUGACUGCUGGGAUCUCCUUUGCAAUCCCAUCUGAUAAAAUUAAGAAGUUCUUAACUGAGUCUCAUGACAGACAGGCUAAAGGAAAAGCUGUCACCAAGAAGAAAUACAUUGGAAUUCGAAUGAUGUCACUUACAUCUAGUAAAGCUAAAGAGUUGAAGGAUCGUCACCGGGACUUUCCUGAUGUCCUUUCUGGAGCUUAUAUCAUAGAAGUAAUUCCAGAUACUCCAGCUGAAGCAGGAGGCCUUAAAGAAAAUGAUGUGAUAAUUAGCAUAAAUGGAAAAUCUGUGGUCUCUGCCAAUGAUGUCAGUGAUGUCAUUAAAAAAGAAAGUACCCUGAACAUGGUUGUCCGCAGAGGCAAUGAAGACAUUAUGAUCACAGUGAUUCCUGAAGAAAUUGAUCCUUAGGUAGAAACACGAGCUGGAUUCCGUGUUUUCCCUGAAGUCAUUCCCAAUCGACUGCUUAUAAUGACUCUGUGCUGGUACAGGAAACAUUAUUAAACUUUUGACCAACAUUUUGCUUGUUCAGCAGAACAGCACUGGCCAACAAAAUAACUUUUAAUAGAUUUAAGGCAAAACAAAUGUAAUGUUACAGAUACUCAGACAAUAAUUAUUUCCUUCUGUAUCUUAUAUACACAGCAUUUUCUCUUCUGCCAACUUCGUCUGUUCCUGCUUAGAGGGUCAGCAUUUGUUUCUUUCUUUCUGCUGAGUCUUCAUCUUAGCCUGACUAAUGAAAUUGGUCAACUUAACCAUUCAGAAGAGUGCCAAGUGGAUUUCAUAAUGGCACUUAGAGAGUUGGUUGGAAGCACCUCUGCAAUGGAACCAACUAUUGGAGACCGGGAGUGGGUGAAUGCUUAUGAACAGAAUUUAGGCAGCUUCCUUUCAGAAGCCAUGCCCCAUUGGGAGUACUAUGACCUUUGACUUAGAACUAUUAAAUUACUUGUACAUA